AGAUCCUGGCUGCAUGGAAACAAGAUGGGUUUUUACAAUUAAGUUUAGAAGAAGUCACCCCACACAGCAGAAAUCCACCUUAAGAUGAAAUGGCAUCUACCUGGCCCUCUAGCAGCAUAUCAAGGCAUACACUGGGCUGACUCUGGGGCCAUGAUGUUGCCUGAUCCUUCUGUACUGCGAGAGCAAGACUGGGAGAAGAUUUUGCCUUCAAAGAAUGAGGAAGAUAUGCAGACCAUGAAGAAAUUGUCUCACAAUAAAAAGGCAAGAGGUUUGCCUUCUAACUAUACUUCCUGGCCCCAAGAAAAGGAGGGAAGGCCCCAAAUACUGGCACCAGUUACAUUCAGGGAUGUGGCUGUGAUCUUCACACAGGCAGAAUGGAAGACACUGAGCUCGGAGAAAAGGAACCUCUACAAAGAGGUGAUGCUGGAGAAUUACAGGAAUCUGCUCUCAUUGGCAGAACCACAGCCAGAAACCUACGCUUGUCCCUUCUGUCUUCUGGCCUUCUCCUGUCAGCGAUUCCUCAGCCAACAUGAGCUUCACAUCUUCCUGGGCUUAUGUGCAGAAAAUCACUUCCAUCCAGGGAAUUCCAGGCCAGGGCAGCAGCAGCAGGAGCAGCAGUAUUCUGAUCAAAGCUGCUGGAGUAAAAACACAGAUCAAGAGGGAGAAGGCGGCUCCAAACCUUUGUCUGCAAAGACAAAGGAGAGAGAGACCUCAAGGGUGUUCUCCGGCCCACUCCAAGGACAGUCAGCAAGUCCUAGAGAAGGCAACAUGGUGGUGGAAAUAGAGCCCAUCUCAGCCCAAAGGGUAAACUCUGUGCAACCAUACAAAGGAUUGAAGGAAUUAGAAACCUUGAGAUUUGGAGCAAUCAACUGUGGAGUGUUUGAACCAGACUAUAGCCUGGAAUCAGACUUUCUUACAAACCCGAGGAUCCUCUUAGGGGAGAAGCCCUGUGUUUGCAGUGAUUGUGGGCGAGGCUUUAAAGACAGGUCAACCCUCAUCAGACACCAUCGGACCCAUUCAAUGGAGAAGCCUUAUGUGUGCAGUGAGUGUGGCCGAGGCUUUAGCCAGAAGUCCAACCUCAGCAGACACCAGAGAACACAUUCAGAAGAGAAGCCUUAUAUGUGCAGAGAGUGUGGGCAAAGCUUUAGAAAUAAGUCCAACCUCGAUAGACAUCAGUGGACUCACUCGGGAGAGAAGCCCUAUGUUUGCAGCGAGUGUGGGCGAGGCUUUAGCGAGAAGUCAUCCUUCGUCAGACACCAGAGGACACACUCAGGUGAGAAACCCUACGUUUGCCUGGAGUGUGGACGAGGCUUUAGUGAUAAGUCAACCCUCAGAAAACACCAGAGGACACACUCAGGGAAGAAGCCUUAUGUUUGUAGGGAGUGUGGGCGAGGCUUUAGCCAGAACUCAGACCUCAUCAAACACCAGAGAACACACUCGGAUGACAAGCCUUAUAUUUGCAGAGAAUGUGGGCGAGGCUUUUGUGACAAAUCAACCCUCGUCAUACAUGAGCGGACACACUCGGGAGAGAAGCCUUACAUGUGCAAUGAGUGUGGCCGAGGCUUUAACCGGAGAUCACUCCUCCUUGUCCACCAGAGGACACACUCAGGGGAGAAGCACUAUGUUUGCAGGGAGUGUGGGCGAGGCUUUAGCCAGAAGUCAAAUCUCAUCAGACACCAGAGGACACACUCAGAUGACAAGCCUUAUGUUUGUAGGGAGUGUGGGCGAGGCUUUUGUGACAAAUCAACCCUUAUUGUGCAUGAGAGGACACAUUCAGGAGAGAAGCCUUAUGUAUGCAGUCAGUGUGGCCGAGGUUUUAGCCAGGGAUCUCGCCUCCUCGUCCACCUGAGGACACACUCAGGGGAGAAGCACUAUGUUUGCAGGGCGUGUGGGCGAGGCUUUGCCCACAAGUCAAAUCUCAUCAGACACCAGAGGACACACUCAGAUGACAAGCCUUACAUUUGUAGGGAGUGUGGGCGAGGCUUUUGUGACAAGUCGACCCUCAUUGUGCAUGAGAGGACACACUCAGGAGAGAAGCCUUACGUGUGCAGUGAGUGUGGCCGAAGCUUUAGCCAGAGGUCACGUCUCCUUGUCCACCAGAGGAUGCACUCAGGGGAGAAGCACUAUGUUUGCAGGGAGUGUGGGCGAGGCUUUGGCCACAAGUCAAAUCUCAUCAGACACCAGAAGACACACUGA